AUGGCAUCGAGGCUGGAUUCACCAUUUGACUUGGAGCGAUGCGGCCCAGCCGUGGACCUGGCGCUGGACAAAAUCAACGACAAGUUCCUAGCGCAUCAUAAUGUCGAACUUCAGAAAGUGCAAGGAAGUUAUCCGUCGUGUUCGGGUGCCAUCGCGCCAGGGUUGGCAGCGGACAUGCACUUCAAGGAUGACGUGAUCGCUUUCGUCGGCCCCGCGUGCGCGUUCGCCCUAGAGCCAGUUGCCAGGCUUGCCGCCUACUGGAACACGCCAAUAAUCACCGGGAUGGGUGACCAGCCGCAGACGUUGUUCAACGACAAGGGGAAGUACCCUACUCUGACAAGGAUGUCCUACUGCCAGUGCCGGCUGCCCAGGGUCUUCACCAGCGUCUUCGAUCGCUUCGGUUGGGCCCAUGUUGCUCUCCUGCUCGAUAAGUCCGAUUUGUUUUCUCUGACCGUCGGCAAGAGUUUAGAAUGGGGCCUUCGGAAGGAAGGCGUCCUUAAAGCUGUUAGGGAAUUAGACGGCAACGAGAAAGAGUCCUGCGAAGCACUACUCCGUGACGUCAGCAUGUACGCUCGAGUGGUGAUAUUGAGUGUCAGGGGCUCCUUGGUGCGCGAGUUUUUGCUUGCAGCCCACGCCCUGGGCAUGACGCGCGGCGACUGGGCUUUUCUGGAUGUGGAAAUUUUUCAGGGGGGUUAUUGGGGGGAGACGGGGUGGGCGGCGGGGGACGAGCGAGAUGCGGCAGCGAGGGCGGCUUACGAGGCACUUCUUCGAGUUUCCCUCAAGCUGCCCACUGGUGACCGUUUCGACGAGUUCGCGGACACCGUACGAACGCGCGCGAAACAGCACUACAACUACAGCUUCUCCGACGGCGAAGAGGUGAAUUUUUUCAUUGGCGCUUUCUACGACGGAGUGUACCUUCUUGGUAUGGCGUUGAACGAGACCUUGACCGAAGGCGGUGACAUCAGGGACGGUAGAAGUAUCACGAGACGUAUGUGGGGACGUGACUUCCACGGUAUAACUGGACACGUGCGAAUAGAUCCCGUAGGUGAUAGGGACGCGGAUUACGCCAUAUUGGAUUUAGAUCCUGUUACUGGAAAAUUUGAGGUAGUGGCGUUCUACUACGGGCUUAAUAGCAGUUAUAAGCCGGUAGCCGGCAAGGCCAUACACUGGCCAGGCGGCCGUCGUGGACCCCCGCCUGAUACCCCGCGGUGUGGCUUUUUGGGCACAGAUCCCAUGUGCCAAGGAGAGGCUCAGACAGUUAUUAUUUACUGUUUUAUCGGAUUGGCGUUGUUCCUUACACUGGCCGUAACGGCAGCAUGUAUCGCUUACAAACAAGCUCGCAUUGACGCUGAAAUGAACAACAUGGCGUGGCGGGUGCGCCCAGAAGAAGUACUCGUUGAGGUGGGAACUGGUCUAGGGGCAAGCCCGGCGCUGCACAGCUUGAAUGAGGUUCUGAAGUUGUCUCUAAGUUGGACUCCAGCGAGUACGGGCGCCUCUGGGGUCGGCGGGGCUCCAAUAACCCUGUCCUCCUUCACAGUUGGCCUAUAUAAGGGCAACAGAGUCGCCGUGAAAAAAAUACACAGGAAAAAGCUGGAUCUCAACAAGAAACUGCUGUGGGAGAUUAAGCAGGCGCGCAACGUGUCCCACGAGAACACGGUGCGAUUCAUAGGGGCUUGCGUCGACUGCCCCCUUGUGUUCGUGCUCACCGAGUACUGCCCCAAGGGCUCCCUCAAGGACGUCCUGGCCAACGAGGAGCUGCAGCUCGACUGGAACUUCAGAACGUCGCUGGUGCACGAUAUUGUACAGGGUAUGUGCUAUUUGCACAGUGGCCUUGGGGCACACGGAAAGCUGCGCUCGUCGAACUGUUUGAUAGACGGGCGCUUUGUGUUGAAAAUUUCCGACUACGGGCUCAACACACUGUGCUCACCACCGGACUUAACAAAGGACGACACGUAUUAUUACAAAUUAUUGUGGACUGCGCCUGAGCUGGUAUCUGGCAGCCUGUACCCUGGCGCCAUCGCCUCUUUGAAGGGAGACGUCUAUAGCUUCGGCAUAAUCUUGGAGGAGAUCGUGAGACGUGCGGGUCCUUUCCAUCACUACACGCCUACAAUGUCCUAUAAAGAGAUCGUGAGCCGCGUUUGCGCUCGAGAGUCGCCCCCGUUCCGGCCCAUGGCGGGGGUCCAGGAGGUGGGUGCAGCAUCAGGUGGUGGAGCGGCCACCGAGCUCCUGCAGCUCGCCGAGCGGUGCUGGUGCGAGGCACCCGACGACAGGCCCACCUUCGACGCCAUCAACGCGACAUACAUCAAAGGCUACUGCGACAAUUUAAUGGAUGACUUGCUGAGACGUAUGGAGCAGUAUGCAAAUAAUCUCGAGUCGCUGGUGGAGGAGAAGACCGAACAAUUGUCGCUGGAAAAGAGACGCUCCGAGGAACUGCUGUAUCAAGUGCUUCCAAGGCCGGUAGCCCAACAGUUGAUGGCUGGCGAGGUGGUCCAGCCGGAGAGUUUCGAGUGCGUCACCGUGUACUUCAGCGACAUCGUGGGCUUCACGGAGCUGUGCGCAGCCUCCACGCCCAUGCAAGUCGUCGACCUGCUCAACGACCUGUACAGCACAUUCGACAGGAUCAUUGGAUAUUACGACGUUUACAAGGUGGAAACGAUUGGCGACGCUUAUAUGGUGGUGUCCGGUCUACCUAAAAGGAAUGGAGACAUGCAUGCUAGGGAAAUCUGCUUGAUGGCGCUGGCUGUGGUGGAAGCAGUACGGACCUUCGCUGUUCGACAUCGACCAACACACCGUUUGGAAGUCCGCGUUGGUGUUCACUCUGGCCCAGUGUGCGCAGGGGUGGUGGGCGUGAAGAUGCCGCACUACUGUUUGUUCGGGGACACGGUCAACACCGCGAGCCGUAUGGAGUCGACUGGACAACCAUUGAGGAUCCACUUAAGCGAGAGUACGCGCGCGUUGCUGGAGCAGUGGGGCACGUUUGUUGUGGAGCGGAGGGGUGAGGUGGAGUUGAAGGGGCGGGGAAGGAUGCUCACACACUGGCUACUGCAAUGCUCGGAAAAGGAGGCAAGGCAGACGGGCCCGGCGGCGCCACCGCCCCAGUACCCGAUACUGUUCCCCGCGUUGCCGCAGCCGAUGCCAAUGCACGCGCCCUACAUUGUCGUCGAGCAGCCCACGUUGGCCGCC